AAAAAAAAAAAAGAUGACGACCGGGAAGGCCCAAAGACUGGGGCACCCACCAUCAUCAUAUCUCCUAACGGCUAAAAACUGCCUUGCAGCACCUUGAUCUUAAAAAUCCCAAGCCCGACCGCGACCAAGGAUCAGCAGCCCGUUCCCCGGGCAGAGAUACCAGAGUGAUAAAGACUAAGUGUCCCGCGGGGCCGUGGAACAGGACCCGGCCGCCGCUCUCCUUCUCCUCCUCCUCCUCCUCCGUGCGGCGCGGAGCGUCUGGCCAACGAACCGUCUUCUCCCCGCUCCCCACCCCCCGCGCCCCCCUCCAACGGUCGCGAGCGCCGGGUCGUGACGCGACAGCAACUCGACAUGCGGCGCGGCGCGGCCCGAGGAGCCCCGAGGCCCACCACUCAGCGCCCCCGGAACCUCGCAGCACUCGACGAACCCCGGCCCGGCCCGACCCGGCCCCGCCGCGCGCCCUAACCGGCGAAUUAUACUUCAACAUACUCUAAAUUGUAUGCUACUGAUGGGAACUGUUGAAGUUUAUAAUGUCAGAGACUUUCCUUAGACCAAAGGUGUCUUCCACAAAGGUAACAGACUGGGUAGAUCCGGCAUUUGAUGACUUUUCAGCGAGCACUGCCAUCACCACCAUCACUGCUUCAUCUUUAAGUUUGAAUAACUCUAGUCACAGAAGAAAACAUUUGUCCUCCACAUUAGAAAGUAACAGAUUGCCGGCUAGAAAAAGAGGAAGGCUGUCUUUAGAACAGACUUAUGGUCUAGAAACUUCAAGAGAACAUGUAUCUGACAAUGAGCCAUGGGUGGAUAAAUAUAAACCAGAAACUCAGCAUGAACUUGCUGUGCAUAAAAAGAAAAUUGAAGAGGUUGAAACCUGGUUAAAAGCUCAAGUCUUAGAAGUGAAGCCGAAACAGGGUGGGUCUAUUUUAUUAAUAACAGGUCCUCCGGGAUGUGGAAAAACAACUACUAUAAAAAUACUGUCAAAGGAGCUUGGGAUUCAAGUACAAGAAUGGGUUAAUCCCAUUUUACCAGACUUCCAAAAAGACGAUUACAAGGAGUUACUUAAUUUAGAAUCAAACUUGUCUGUAGUUCCGUACCAAUCUCAGAUAGCAGUCUUCAAGGACUUUCUGUUAAGAGCCACCAAGUAUAGCAAACUGCAGAUGCUUGGCGAGGAUCUGACAACUGAUAAGAAGAUAAUUCUGGUGGAAGAUUUACCUAACCAGUUUUAUCGAGACGCCAAUUCUUUACAUGAAAUUCUAAGGAAGUAUGUACAGAUUGGCCGGUGUCCUCUUGUAUUUAUAGUCUCUGACAGUGUCAGUGGAGAUAAUAAUCAGCGGUUACUCUUUCCUAAAAACAUUCAAGAAGAGUGUUCUGUUUCAAAUAUUAGUUUCAACCCUGUGGCACCAACAAUUAUGAUGAAAUUUCUUAAUCGAAUUGUGACUAUAGAAGCUAGUAAGAAUGGAGAAAAAAUUACUGUCCCUAAUAAAACUUGUGUGGAGUUGCUCUGUCAAGGAUGUUCUGGUGACAUCAGAAGUGCAAUAAACAGCCUGCAGUUUUCUUCUUCAAAAGGAGAGAACAAUUCAUGGUCAAAGAAGAAAAGAAUGUCAUUGAAAUCAGAUGCUGCGAUAUCAAAAUCAAAGCAAAAAAAGAAACAUAAUAGUACUUUGGAAAAUCAAGAGAUUCAAGCUAUUGGUGGAAAAGAUGUUUCUCUUUUUCUCUUCAGAGCUUUGGGGAAAAUUCUGUACUGUAAAAGAGCACCGUUAGCAGAGUUAGACUCACCUCGCUUGCCUGCUCACUUGUCAGAGCAUGACCGGGAUACUUUGCUUGUUCAGCCUGAGGAAAUAGUAGAAAUGUCACACAUGCCAGGAGACUUUUUUAAUUUAUACCUUCACCAAAACUACAUAGAUUUCUUCACCGAAGUAGAUGAUCUUGUGCAAGCCAGUGAGUUUCUAAGUUUUGCAGAUAUCCUCGGUGGUGACUGGAAUACACGCUUGUUACUCAGGGAAUAUAGUACAUCUGUAGCUACAAGAGGUGUGAUGCAUUCCAAUAAAUCCCGGGGAUUCGCUCAUUGCCAAGGAGGAGGAUCAAGCUUUCGACCCUUACAUAAACCCCAGUGGUUUGUAAUACAUAAAAAGUAUCGGGAAAAUUGCCUGGCAGCAAAAGCACUCUUUUUUGACUUCUGCCUACCAGCUUUGUGUCUCCAGACUCAGCUCUUGCCAUAUCUUGCUCUUCUGACCAUUCCAAUGCGAAAUAAAGCUCAGAUUUCCUUUAUACAAGAUAUUGGAAGACUUCCUUUGAAGCGAAACUUUGGAAGGUUGAAAAUGGAAGCCCUGACUGACCGGGAGCUGGGGCUGAUAGACCCUGACAGCGGGGAUGAGUUCCUGCACAGCGGAGGCCAGCCCGCUCAGACUGCUGACCCAGAAACCUGGUCUCUUCCUUUGAGUCAGAACAGUGGGAGCGAUCUGCCUGCCAGCCAGCCUCAGCCCUUUUCCUCCAAAGUGGACAUGGAAGACGAGGAGGAGGAAGAGGAAGAUAUAAUAAUAGAGGACUAUGACAGCGAUGAGACAUAGAGAACAGCCUGCCAAUCAAAUUGCUACCUGAGAGAUGGAUUUUAGUCUAUUCAGUGGUACUAGGACAGCAUUAACAUGUCUCUAAAGGACAAGCAGUUUGUUAAUUGCUUAGUUCCUUCUAGUAUCCAUCACAGCAGCUGCAGCCUGUCAUCUUGAAGUAAAGCAGGUCUCAAGUACUCAGUACUUAGUAUUUAUUUAGUCUUGUGUAUGGUUUGAGGAGAGGUCACAGUGUGAUGUAUGAAUGUUGUGCUAAAUAUCAAAAUGUGAAGGAGUAAUCCAGAAUAUACAGACUUUAUGGGGUGUUGUAAAUUUGAUUUAUAAAACAGUUUAGGAUGCAAUUAUGAGUAUAAAUAAACUUUGUGCCUUAAUUACAGUUUGCAUCUAGCUUCUCUGAUACCGUUUUUUGGUAUGUUGUACAGUGGAAUAUUUUAGAUACUUCUGGAAAGUAUUUACAUAAUUUAUAUCAAAAUUAAAAAAAUGUUGGAUUUCA